UCCAAUCCAUUCGUCAACAAUGGGUGGCUUUCAUAUUAGCCACUUCCUCAUAACUGCAAUUUUGCUUGCUGCUAGAAGUAUGUGUACCAUGUUCUUAUGGUCCACAGCCAAAUUUAAUACCACAGAAGAGGGCAAGGUGUGUGCAGAACGUUGGGGUGUGUCAGCCUUUAAAAAAAACAAAAAAAACCUGUUUGUAGAUAUGUGUACAAAUUGGAAGGUUGGGCUCUUCUAUUAUGUUAAUUUAUGUCAAGUGUGUUGAGUUCAAAUCAUACGAAAACAUAUGUGUGAAACAUACCACCUGUGCUGAGUCUGCUAUAAUGAGUGCCAUUAUCAGGCUGGCUGCUUUUACAUUGCUGUGAAUGUGCCCGGUACUUGAGUCUGGAGAUUUGAAGGAGACCUACCGCAGAGCUCAUGACAAAUUCCACAGAAUAGCUACUCUUGAUCAGAGGAAUUACUGGUUUGACGUGUCAAAAUGACUACCUCGAUUGUUUUGUAGCAGUAGUGGGCAGUUGUUCAUGUAAUAACAAAGGCACUAUGUCUGUAAACAUGUGCUGUGUACACGCUUCGUUGAGCUAAGCUGUAGUGAUUUCUCAUUCAGUCUGCCGGAGUUGGUAACGUCUCACUGUGCAGCAUCACCACUGUUGCAUGAAUGCUUAGAAAACAUUGACGGGCAAGCUGAAAACAGAUGACAGUAUCUUAUUUCGCUCACUGUCUUCAGUGUUUGUCAGCAGCGAUAUGUCUCUUAAGAAACUCUGUGGUACAGAUGGGCGUUUGGAAGAAACCUGCCAACUCGAUUAUCUAUAACGUUAACGAUCAAUUAAGCAAUUAAUCGUACAUCAUACGUGUGCAAAAUAAAAGAUAUAUAUACAGUACUAUGCAAAAGCCUGUUUUGACAGUGGAUGCUUUUAUUUUGAAAGGACGAAAAGAGACUUCCUGUCCGUAAAACUAAAUCAAGUGAGAUGAAACUGUAAAGACAACGUCAAGGAGUUCAAUGUUUUAUGUUUAGUUUUAAGUGUGUGUUUUGUGUUUAAAUAAGUUUUGGAUCAAAUUAAACCUAGUAAUUCAUGCUAGCAAGGAUUGUAUUUCUCUGUUUUAUAAUUGUUAUUGCAACUUUCAGUUUGCAAACUGUAGCUUUAUCAAACUUAAUUCUCAGCUCAUUGGCUUAUUGACGUACGGCCGCAGAGCUGAACGCUCAGCCGUGUUUCAGUUCAGUGAUACUGAUACGCAGUCAGAGAUAAAAUAAAAAUACAAAAAAAAUACACAGAUUGAUUAAAAAUUCCACGUGAUCAACCAAAUUCUUAACGACCAUUAAUCGAUCAUCGGUUAAAUAUUCCUGUCCCUAAUCUUUGGUCCUCGAAGAUUCCCACUGACCAUCUGCUGUGAGUUGGGUCCAUGUGGCAGCAGACAUCUGCCCUCUCUUCUGCACCUCAGGCCUUUUCAUAAAACCAUGUUUGGAUAUUUGUCCUCAGACUCAAGAACAAACUGUGCCCUCAAUAGAGAUGUCGGGAUUAACCGGUUUCGCUAGGACUUUUUUACAUCCCUUCACUGUUUUAUAACCAUAAGAAUCUACAGUUUCCUGAUUCUUGCAUUUUUUUACCCAGGAAGCGUUGUUCUUAAGCAAGAGAGUUGUGUCACCUUGCUCGUCUUUGGUCUUUGCAAGAGAUGAGAGUGCAUAUUUCAGAAGAGUUGAAAAACGCCCCUCAUACAGAAGCAUCAGGACUGGGGGCCGAGCAGGAGGAAACGUAUUACGGGGACCAGAAGUAAGGGGACAAUGCGAGUCCACGUGCACACCAAGUUCUGUUUCCUGUGUGUGCUCACCUUCCUCUUCCAGCAGUGUAACCAUUGCCAUGGAGACGAGCACAACCAUCCGCACGAUGAUCAUCACCAUAAACACCACAGCCACGUCCACAGCGACCUGCAGAUUUCUGAAGCUCCGUACGUGAGAGGAGCCACUUUGUCCCCAGAGUCCAAGAGUCCUGAAGGCCACAGUCUAGAGGAGGAGCAGCGAUUCUACCUCCAGGAGCUGUUCAGGCGUUAUGGCAAGAAGGACCGGCUAGAUUUCCAGGGAUUUCAGAGUCUGCUGUACAGCUUGGGUCUGGGAGAGGUGAAGGUGGUAGAUGCACAUCAUGAGGAGCUUGGCCAUGACCAUGUCUCUCAUCUAGACCUGGUGGAUCUGCAGGAGGGGCUUCACUCACAUUCAGGCACCCAUGAUGGCCAUGGCCACGGUCACGGGCAUGGCCAUCCACACCACAAGCCUGGAGCUCACCAUCCACACACAGAAAAAGAUCCCACAAAGUGCACCCUGCAGCCCACUGCUCCCAGUCCAGCUUCUGGUGCAGCUGCAGGACAUGACCAUGACCACGAUCAUGAUCACGGGCAUGAUCAUGAUCAUGAUCACGGGCAUGAUCAUGAUCAUGAUCACGGGCAUGAUCACGGGCAUGAUCACACCAAGGUAGAGGAUAGUGACCAUAAACAUUUUGAUGGACAUGUGCAGGAAAUACUUGACCAUGACCCUGAUCAAGCACAUGACAAAGAGCACAAACAUGAGCUGGUCCACUCUAACAACAAAGACCUCCCUUCCCCACCACACAGUGAUCACAGCGGUCACAACCACAGUGCCCACGAUCACAGCAGCCACGACCACAGCGAUCACGAUCAUGAUCAUGACCAUGACCAUGACCAAAAUCGGGUCCCUGAAGUACAGACGGGCACAGACAUUCCUCCCCUCAGUAAGGAACAGCAGCCCUCUGCCCCGUUGGAGCCGUCCCAAAUCCCUCAGCCGCCACAGUCCUCUCCGGCCGCCACAGAAAGUCGGCCCAAGAAGCAGAGAAAGCCAGACAGGGUCCGAGGACAGCGAGGGCGAAACAAAACCCGCUCUACUCUCGCACCUCAGUCCGAUGACCACGACCAUCCACAUGAACACGGUCAUGAGCACGGCCAUGGUCACGGUCACAGCCACUCUCAUAAACAUAAGAGAGAAGCACCAGGGGCGGCUGCCACCCCUAUGACAGUGCCAGAGUGGCCUGGACACCCAGAAGGAUUGUCUCAUCAGCAUCAGGAGUGUUUGAACCUGACUCAGCUCCUCAGUUACUAUGGCCUGAAUCCCAACUCGCCCAUCUCCCCCAGCCAGUUCACCUACCUGUGUCCUGCCCUACUCUACCAGAUAGAUAGCCGUGUCUGCAUCCGCCAUUACCACCAGAUGGAUGUGGAGCAAGAAGCUUUGGAGCCCGUCAGUUCCGUGUGGGUGUGGCUGUGGGGUUUUGUGUCCAUCACCAUCAUCAGCCUGUUGUCUCUUCUUGGUGUGGUGCUCGUACCCAUCCUCAACCAAUCCUGCUUCAAGUUCCUGCUCACCUUCCUGGUGGCGCUGGCAGUGGGCACGCUCAGUGGAGACGCUCUCCUUCACCUGCUGCCUCAUUCUCAAGGGCAGCACGACCACAGCCAGACCGAAACCAGCAACAGCACUGAUCUGCUAACAGAGUUUGAUGGAGUGUGGAAGGGCCUGACGGCGCUGGCCGGCAUCUACCUCCUCUUCAUCAUCGAACACUGUAUUGGCAUGUUUCAGCACUACAAAGACCAUGGGGGCAAGAAGAAGGCGAGCGAGGAGGGCAAGAUCGGCAGGAAGUUGUCAGAUCACAAAUUAAAUCGGCGCUCGGAUGCAGAGUGGCUGCACCUGAAGCCUCUCAAUGAAGAAGCCGACAGCGCCGCCGUCUCCUGCGACAACGGCCACAACGACACGCAGCUCACGGAGCUCCAGACGCCCGACUCUCCCACCAACAAGACGCCGCUGGCGGCCGCGAUCCCCCAACAAGAGCCGCAGUCACCCACCAAGGAGAACGGGCGCAAGGUCAAGAAGCACGGACACUCGCACGGCCACGGCCACUCGCACGGCGGGAACUGCCACUCUGACCAGGAGAUGAAGGACGCCGGUAUAGCCAGCAUCGCCUGGAUGGUCAUCAUGGGCGAUGGCAUGCAUAACUUCAGUGACGGCCUGGCUAUAGGUGCAGCGUUCAGUGCCAACCUGACAGGAGGCAUCAGUACUUCAGUAGCUGUUUUCUGCCAUGAAUUACCUCAUGAACUCGGUGACUUUGCGGUGCUUCUGAAAGCCGGGAUGUCAGUGAAGCAGGCCAUUGUCUACAAUCUGCUGUCCGCCCUCAUGGCCUACGUCGGCAUGGUGAUUGGCACAGCUGUGGGCCAGUACACACACAGUGUCACCAGCUGGAUCUUCGCCAUCACCGCUGGCAUGUUCCUGUACGUGGCUCUGGUGGAUAUGCUGCCAGAAAUGCUCCACGGGGACAGCGAGGACCACAAGCGCUGCCAGCUGGGGCACUUUGUCCUGCAGAACCUAGGCAUGCUCACCGGGUUCGCCAUCAUGCUGCUCAUCGCCAUCUUCGAAGACCGCAUCGUUUUCGAUUUUGGCUUCUAGUCGAGGAGAGGGAGAGAUAGGGGGACGCUGGGAAGUGAAGGAGGGGGAGAGCUGGAUGUAUCAAUAUUGUUCUUCUUGGCCUUAACAUGCUUUGUUUGCAAUGUAACGGCCCAGUCUUGCAUGUUAUGUGGGUCUCGUUCAUGGCCAGUGCCUCCAUUCCACACAUGCAGCGGCCGCUUAUGCAUAUCUCAUGACUCUGCCCGUGAUGUUUACACUCUGCUCCUCCAUUACCUCUCCUCCGUCAGCUCCGAUCUGUCUGCUCCAAUGAGAGAGGCCGCACACCGACCACAAAACACCCCCUCUGCUCUGAACCAGUAACCUCUAAAAAAUCCAUCUAAAAAAAAAAGGAUGCAGACAGUAAAAGGUGGAGCGAUUCCUGCAGAGAGGCAGCUGCCACGGCCCAGCAGCUCACCGCCUAUGCAUCAUCACCUGUUGUUAGCGUGUUGCUGUUGUACACACCCCUCCACCUCCUCAUCUCUCAUCCACCCUGUUCUGUGUCCCAUCAUCCAUGCCCCGUACAUCUGUGGUAUGUGUUCCACCCGCCAUCCAUCAUCGACUUCUGAUGUCAUCCCGCUGUGUAUCAAACAUCUCAUCGUCUCCUGUGCCAAGCUCUGGCCACUGGAGCAGCACGGCAGCAGCUCCACACGCCGCCAUGGUGACGGAGCGAUCAGUUUAGCUAGCUACCACAUCUGGAAUAAACCCCUUCAACUCACGCUGCUUCCACUUCAUAACGCGAUGACAGCUUUUGAGCUGCAGUGUCGAAAUAGAAAAAAGUCCCAGAUCAGCUCGGUGUUUUUGCUGCAACUUUCUCCAUUUAUGUUUUAUUCUCUAAUUUGGUAUUACUAAACCCUUUGUAGUCCAUAGUGAUAGCUAACACAGCUGCCAAAGCCUUUGCAACAAAUUAGCAUUUAAGCCUUUAAUGUUUUUGUUUAGAAACUAGACGUCUUACUAAAAAAAAUUUUUUGACAAUCUGUAGCCAGAGGAGACAUAUCCUUGUUAGGCCUUUACAUUAUAUCUUACUUUUUUUUAUGAAUCAGCAGCUUCAAAAUGUGAAUUCAGAGAAAAAUGUCUUCAUCAAAAAGUGUUGUAGUUUACUAGUUUUAUUUUAGGGUGCCUCUUCAUGUUCCUAAAAGGUGCUUCGUCCAGUCGGACCACCCUGCAGUGGACAUUUAAUUACAGUAGGAGGUUGAGUUGUCACACAAAUGCAGACUUUUAUUCCUGUACUGUAGAUACAUAGCGUCAGUAGAUGAGCAGCUAAACGCUCAUUUUUGUUGCUGCUAAAUAAUAGUGAAUAGUGAAAGUAGUGCUGUCGAGGAACCAAUUAAGUAUGGACCAAGUAGAAGACAGUGCUCCUGUAUCACAGCAGAACAGCAUACAGGUGUGACAGCACUCCCUGCACCAGUAAUGGAUGUUUAACUUGAUUUAUCAAACAGUACAACAAAGAUUAUUAUUAUUAUUAUUAUUAUUAUUAAUAUUAUUUUUAUUUUUUUGUACAAGCAUUCCUCAAUUAUGUUUCCGAGGGUGUGCAUUAUAGUCACUCUGCUGACUGUGCCAAAUCUGGUACGAGUGUGGAUUUUCAGUGGCUGGUGCUUGACACGGCCCUUCCCCUUACAUUCCAUUGGCUGUCCUGCAGCUCACACGCUAAGCUAGGUAGUCCUGGCUUCAGCUGCUGGAGCACACAGAUAAUGUGUGUCGCUUCAUUUAUCCUGUCACUGUGUGACAUCCAUCAUUUAUGUCUCAACUGGCUGUAAAUCAUCGUCAGUCACAUGGAACUCAUCGGACUGAAUCAUGCAUGAAGCAUGAGUGAAACGGUACAGACAAUGUGUUGAGUGUAAAUUUGUUUUCAUUCUUUGUACUGCAAAGUUAAACUAUUGACAACCUUUGUUACUUUUUAAAUUAACUGUGUGAAGAUGGUGGGGGAAUGUUUGGGGCGUAUUGGAGCUGGUAUUAUGAUGACUUAACUGCAUCAUCACCACUUGUAUCUUUAACCAGACAUUUCAUGAUUUAAUCUGGCACACAGCGAGACCUGAAUGUACUUUGGUUAUGUUCUUACACCAAGCAACGAUCACAAUUUGAUGUCUUUAAAAUAUGAGUUUGACAUUUCUUCAUUAGUGUUCUUCAAUAUUGAUUUUUUUAAAAAUUUGGUAUUAAGGGUUAUUUUUGCAGAUUUUUUCCGUAUUUCUCAUGUUUAAAAUCCAAACUGUGCUGUCAAGUGUGCAAUAAGUCAGCGACACUACGCCCCAAACUCCUCCCACUGUUUAUUGGGCAAAGAAUUUUCGGUAAAAUGAAGGUCCAUGAUUGUUCUCAUUUUGCUUUGUUGUAUGUAUGUUCGUUAAGUAAUCUGGAUAUAAAAUGCAAAGUGUGACAUCCUUGCUGUUUGCCUGUCUGUGCAUUCUCCCAUAUGAAAGGAAAAUAAAAACUCUGAAAAUC